AUGCCCCUCGACUUUGAUGUGUUGACUAGGGAUGAACUGCGCAAAAAGCUGUACCAGACGUUUAAGGAUCGGGGUAUACUGGAUGCUCUCAAGACCCAGCUCAGAAAGCAGCUGAUACAUGAAUUGAUGCACCCUGCAUUGUGUGGAGAACUACAACCUCAGUCCCUUUCAGUGGAAGGGAGCGCCCUCUUAAUAGGUGCCUCUAACUCUCUAGUGGCAGAUCACUUACAAAGAUGUGGCUAUGAAUAUUCACUUUCUGUUUUCUUUCCGGAAAGUGGUUUGGAAAAAGAAAAGGUAUUUACUAUGCAGGAUCUAUUACAACUCAUUAAAAUCAACCCUUCAUCCAGUCUCUACAAAUCACUGAUUUCAGGAUUUGACAAAGAAAACCAAAAAGGUUUUCUUAUGCAGUUUUUAAGAGAAUUGGCAGAAUACCAUCAGGCUAAGGAGAGUUGUGAUAUGGAAACUCAGACAAGCUCAACAUUUCCUAGCAAAGACUCUCUUGCUGAGAAGCUUCAGCUUAUUGAUGAUCAGUUUGCAGAUGCUUACCCUCAGUGUCCAAAGUUACAGUCUUUAGAAAUAAAGUUAAACGAAUAUAAGAGAGAAAUAGAACAGCAGCUUCAGGCAGAAAUGUGUCAAAAGUUGAACUAUUUUAAAGAUACUGAAAUAGCAAAAAUUAAAAUGGAAGGGAAA